AUGGCUUUCAGGCGCCCAUUGACGCAGGCCGCAGGCUCAGCGUCCUUGCUGUCCUCUACCACAGCUACUGCUCGGUCCCGCACCGCUGCUGUGCUCCCCCGAUUCACCUCUGUUCGUGCAUCGUCGAGCUCAACCUCAGCACUUGCUUACAAGGCAUUGCACCGUCGUUCUCCCCUACCCCUGCCGGUCUCCGAUGCCUCCCCUCAAUGGGAUGCUCCCACCGCUGUCUCGUCCAUUCUCUACGAGACUCCCGUGGCUCCCAGCAACCCGCCCAAGCGGCACAUCCUGAACUGCCUCGUUCAGAACGAGCCCGGUGUGUUGUCCCGCGUAUCUGGUAUCUUGGCCGCCCGCGGUUUCAACAUUGACAGCCUGGUCGUUUGCAACACUGAGGUUGAGGAUCUCUCGCGCAUGACCAUCGUGCUGCAGGGCCAGGAUGGUGUCGUCGAGCAGGCUCGCCGCCAGUUGGACGACCUUGUCCCAGUCUGGGCUGUGUUGGACUAUACUGAAUCUGCACUUGUGCAGCGUGAGUUGCUCCUGGCUAAGGUCUCUAUCCUUGGUCCUGAGUUCUUCGAGGAGCUUCUCCAGCACCACCGCGAGAUCACCACCUCGCCCGACUCCCUGGACAAGAACGCCCACCAGGAUCAUUCUACCCAGCAAUACCACCCCCGCCACCUUCCCCAGAGUCAGGCCCUGCGCCACAAGCACGAGCAUUUGGAUGCUAUCACCCGCCUGACUCACCAGUUCGGUGGCAAGAUCCUAGACAUCAGCACCAACAACUGCAUUGUCGAGGUGUCCGCCAAGCCCAACCGUAUUGAUUCUUUCCUCAAGCUGAUCGGUCCUUUCGGUAUUCUUGAGUCCACCCGGACUGGUCUGAUGGCCCUUCCCCGCUCUCCUCUUAGUGAGCCCCGCGAGGAGAUUGAGAAGGAUGCCGCCGACGUUGUCGAUGCUAGCACCCUGCCUCCUGGCUAA